AUGCCAACCUCAUCCUCACCUCGAAGUCGCAUUCCUAUCCGCGCAUCCAGCUGCCCCACAUCUCCCAAACCACGACACUUGCGUCUCUUGCACUCGGGCUUGAUCACGAUUCCAGAGGGAUCGAGACAGAGCAGCGCAGAUGUUGUUCUCACUAGAAUGCCCAGAGUCCAACUACCAGAGAAGCUGCAAAAGCUCACUACAGACAAAGUGCUGCCGCUGCUACCUCAAUCGUCCCAACCAGAGAUUGUUUACGACAUCACCCCUGAGAGCCCCACUACCCCGACCAUCAGAAAGGUAUCCAACGACUCGAUCGCACAGGAAGAGACUGUAGCAAGCACCGUCCAAGUCAGACCUCCAGUACCUACAGAGACCAUGCCCUUCGAAGACCUCACAUGGCAAGAAGUCUAUAUUGAAGACCAAAAGCUCACCAAAUGGACCCUGUCUGUCAAUCUCAGAACUGCAAUGGACCAAACAGAAACCCAUCUCGCCGCCAUCAGCACCUCACGUGUCAGAUACAACUGUCUGAUCUCACUCUGUAAGGGUAUCUCAGAAAGCAACAACCGACUCAAAGCUCAGUGCUUGCGCGCCAUCGACCAGCACCAAGCCCUGGCUCAGAAAGAGACCCAGCUCAUCAACGCCAGCAACUUUGUCCUCGAGCACAAUGAUGUCUUGAUCAGCAAAUCUCGCGUCUUCUCCACCGACACCACAAACUCCUUCCACAAGCUGCAAGCCGCGUACGAAAACACCCUAACUCACGCAAAAGAAAGCAGCAUUGGCCAGCAAGGCAAACGUAUUUCCAAGCCUGAUGACUUUGGCAAGGAACUCGAGUCUUUGGUCGCUUUCAACAAAGAUGUCAGCACUGUGAUUGAGAACAUCGCCUCGAUCAACGGGCUGUUGUGCAGUCACAACAAGAACAUUCAGGCUCAGAUCGUUGGUCUCGAGGCUGAGAUUGUCAAGUCGGCUUCGAAGAGGGGAGCUGGCGGUUUGCGCAAAAUGUUGUGUUUUCGAUAG